AUGGUUCUCUUCUCUGCAGUGCAUAUAACCCAAUCCAUUUCUUUGUGUUUCUGCAGAAAGCUAGAAAGAAAUGGGGAGCAAGGGUCUUAAGAGUGUAAUCAUUUGUGUGCUGAUACUAGCAGGGAUAAUCUUGGAAGUAGAGGGCAAGAGUUGUUGCAAGAGCACUCUAGCAAGAAACUGCUACAAUGUAUGUCGUCUGAGGGGGGCUCGGUCAGUCUGUGCAACAACAUGUGGCUGUAAAAUUAUAAAAGGCACUAAAUGCCCAUCUGGCUUUCCUAAAUUGAACCUUCUCCCGAACUCUGGUGAACCAGAUACAGUUGAGUACUGCAAGUUGGGAUGUGUGUCUUCUAUGUGCGACACCAUGAAUAAUGCUCCAGAAUUUGUUGGCAAAGAGAUGAAGAGCGACAUGGAAAGCUGCAGUGAUGCAUGUGACCGUUUCUGCAAUGGGGAUGCCCACAUCGCGUCCAUUGCUGCGUAAUCAUGCAUGUGCAUGCCAUGGGAUUUGUUGUCGAAGACCAAGGUCUCAUCAUGAUGGAUGGUACUCCACAUAGAAGGAUCUUAUGGGUCAGAUCCAAGCUAGUGUGCCAUCUUAUCUAUAUACGUGUGUGCUCGCUCCUUUUUCAUGUUCCUUUGUUCCAAUAAAGGCAACCAUGAUGGAUGUCAUGUUCCUACCUAUGUGUGCUCAUCUCUAUCGGGACUUAUGUGUGUACCCUUGGCCGGUUAAUAUAAUCACUAUAAUGAAUA